CGCGGCCCAAAAACUCCCCCCGACAACCGAACAGGAGCGGCGGCGGCGGCGGCACUACCCUCUCCAGCAAUCGGCAUGGGCACGCGGGAGGUGUACGAGGAGAAGCUCCGCAGCGGUGCGCACCUCCACCGCGAUCCCACCAUCAACCCAGGCCUCGGCUCGCCCCGGUGCCCGCGAUGCCUCUCCCUCCUCAACCCCACCGCGGGAAAGAGGGACUGGGCCAUCACCUCCGUCCUGCACGACGCCACUGCCGUGGCUGGUUCCGGUGCCGGCGCUUUGCUCAGUGCUGUGCACGGGUUUAACACAGGGAUCCCUUUUGUCCAGAAGCAUGUCAAGGGGCCGAAGUGGCUGCAGUUGCUCGUUGGGGUGCCACCACUGCUGAUAUUCUCAGGUGCCAGUGCUGUAUUUGGUGCAUAUGCACUUCCAAGGUUUGUUCAGCUGACAGUGACGUCUUACUACGCGGCAUCAACUGGCUCGCAGUAUGCUGUUUCACAUAUCACACGGCAGAUCGAAAGAGCUCAUUUUCCAGAAUCAGCCCAGGAAUCUGAGUGAGUUGGUUGGCAUUCAGUCUGUUCUAUUGGGGGUGCAAUGUACAUGGUAUAGAAGGACGUUUAGUGCUGCUUUUGCCGUGUUGCAGUACAGUAUUAGUUUUACUGUGUUUCAGACAGCACGCAGUGAAUAAAAUUAUAUUGUCUUUGGUCU